UGGGCCCCGGGGCCGGGGCGGGCAGCGCCGGGUCCCGCCCGCCGCGGGAGGAAGGGGACGGGCGGGCGGUGCAUCCACCUGCGGGCACCUGCCCCAGCCCCUGCCCCGCACCGUGACUCCUCCCCGGGUAGCACCGCCCGCUCCCGGCUCCCUCCGCCGCCUCCCAGCCCCUGCCGAGCUCCCGCAGCUUCCCCCAGAGAACAAGGAACAGAAACAGCUUCCUGUGAUUUGUUUGUCCCCAAGUCUGGGCAGAGCUGCACUUCCCCACUGCUGUGAAGAGCUGGGCAAGGAUGGAUGGGACAUAAAGCAAAGCAGAAGUCCUGGAGCCUUAGUCACCAGUCUGAUGGACUUUCAGUUCACACUUUACUCCCCAACACUUGAAUUGUUUCCGUACUGUUGACAAAGGAAAAAUGACCUCUGCUCUAGGUCCACCACCGCCAUACUACGAGAACAGGGGCUUCCAGCCAGAGCCCCCCUACGCUGCCAGGCCGGCAGCAGGUGCUCACCCCUACCCACAGCUCUUCUCCACAAACCCUCCCUCCGUGCCAAGCUACAUCCCCAGGGUUGCCACCCACCAGUCCACCAGGCCAGCAGCGCCCCCACCCAGGAGAACCUGUGCAGCCAGUCUAAGGAAAACCAUAAUAAUUAUAUUAUCUAUAUUAAUAGUAAUUUGUUGUGCAAUUGCUGCUUUCUUCAUCUGGUAUUUUGCCUGGUGGCUGUGUUUGUGUCUCCCUGCAGUAGAGAACAACUGUCUGAGCUCCCUGAUUGAGUGUGGCUCCUCAGGGGUGUGCAUGUCCCCCUCCCAGUGGUGUGAUGGAGUGAGCGACUGCCCCAACGGGGAGGACGAGACCCGCUGUGUUAGACUUUUUGGACCAAAUUUUAUCCUGCAAGUUUAUUCACCUGUCAGCAAAUCCUGGUAUCCUGUUUGCCAAGAUGACUGGAAUGAUGAUUAUGGGAAGAUUGCAUGCAAAGACAUGGGCUACAGCGUGGAUACAUAUUUCUACAGUCGUCCGGUGGCACCUGAUGUCAGCUUUAAGAGCUACAUGAAGCUGAACACAAGUGCUGGGAACAUAGACUUGUACAAGAAGCUGUACAGCAGUGGUUCCUGUGCCUCAGAAAGAGUGGUUUCUCUGCGCUGCAUAGAGUGUGGCAUGGCCACCAAGAGCGCGAGCAUCAUGAACAGGAUCGUGGGCGGCAGCGGCGCCGUGCUGGGCCAGUGGCCGUGGCAGGUCAGCCUGCACGUGCAGGGCACCCACGUCUGUGGGGGCUCCAUCAUCACCCCACACUGGCUUGUGACAGCAGCACACUGCGUGGAAGGGCGACUGUCUGACCCACACAGCUGGAGGGUUUAUGCUGGGAUUCUCAAUCAGGAUGAAAUGCUCUUCAGAAGUGGAUACAAAGUCCAACUGAUAAUUUCCCACCCAGAUUAUGACACGGACUCCAAAGACAAUGACGUUGCCCUUAUGAAGCUGGAGACACCACUGAGUUUUACUGAAAAUGUGAGGCCAGUUUGCCUGCCCAAUCCAGGAAUGAUGUUCCAGCCCAACCAGCAGUGCUGGAUAUCAGGGUGGGGAGCAGAGUACCAAGGAGGUAAAACAUCAAAUAACCUGAAUUACGUUGCGGUGCCCCUCAUAGAACGUUCCAGGUGUAAUGCUGUUUAUAUCUACAAUGGCAUGAUUCUGCCUACAAUGAUCUGUGCUGGAGACCUGGCAGGGGGAAUUGAUUCCUGUCAGGGUGACAGUGGAGGUCCUCUGGUGACUCACCACCACUCUGUGUGGUGGCUGGUUGGAGACACCAGCUGGGGCAGUGGCUGUGCCACUCCCAACAAACCUGGAGUGUAUGGGAAUAUGACUGUGUUUACAGACUGGAUUUAUAAAAAUAUGCAGGCAAACAGAUGACAACACUCUCAUUGCUAAUCGAUGUUCCUGAGGACAAGAAUGAAUGAAGCCAUGGGAGCCUGGGAUAUUUAUUCACUUUGUGGUUGAUUUUAUUUUUCCUCUUUGAUUUUUCUUUUUAAAAGUAACAUGAAGGAUUGCACACUUGGUUCUGUGCUGGCUACAGUGACAGAUCUUAAUCAGUGAAGGAUUAUCACAAUGAGCACCUUUCUUCUCCUUGUGGUGCUUGGCAGACUCAUUCUGUCAGCUGCUUGCUGAAAUGUCUCUCUUUUGUUGAGUAACUUUCACUUGAUGAUCAGGCUUAUAAUGACAAUUUCAAUCAGAAUUUGAUUUCAGAUUUUCGUAGCAGGAUGCUGAGAGAGUUGGUUUAGUAGUUUUUAAAUUAAAUGUUAAGUAAUGUGAAUGUUGAAUCUCCGAGCUGCUGGUUGGCAAUUUUAAAAGAAAUUAAUUUUUUUUUUAGUAUAGAAUUACAAAAUGGUUUGGGUUGGAAGAGACCUUAAGGAUCAUCCACUUCCAACCCCGCUGCCAUGGGCAGGGACACUUUCCACUAUCCCAGGUUGCUCAGAGCCCCAUCCAAACUGGCAUUAAACACUUCCAGGGCUGGACCAUCCUCAACUUCCCUGGGCAACCUGUUCCAGUGCCUCACCACCCUCACAGGGAAGAAUUCCUUCCUAAAAUCUAAUGUAAAUGUGCCCUCUUUCAGUCUGAUGUCACUAGCCAUUGUCCUCUCACUCCAUGU